AUGUCUGUAGGAGCUGCUGUGAAGCCUGUAGUUUUCUUCACCCCAAACUGGACCCCAGUACACCAAGGAGAAUCUGUAACCCUGAGCUGUAAUGUGGCUCCUACUGCCCAAGGGAACCUGGGAUAUUCCUGGUACAGGGAUGGACACCAGAUAUCAGGGGUUCAGCAGAAUCUGGUCAUUCAGAGUGGUACAUGGUCAGACAAUGGGAAGUACCAGUGCCAGCUGGGUACCAAUGAUAUAAGUGAUCCUGUCCCUCUGCAUUUUAAGUUUGAUUGGCUCAUCCUGCAGGCGCCCCCUGCUGUUCACGAAGGGGACUCCCUGUCUCUCAGGUGCCACAGUCGGCCUGGACUGGAUGCAAAGAAGCCAGUAUUUUACAAGGACAAUAAGGCCAUUGGGCCCCCAGUCAGUGGCUCUGAGUUACAGAUAGGGAGAGUGGGUGUUACUGCGUCUGGUACAUACAGAUGUGACAAAGAAAUCUAUUUUUAUUAUGCAUUUGGCAAUGGGUAUCGCACUUAUAAAGAUGAACAAUACAUUUCAGUGUCAGAGCUGUUCAGUGCCCCACAAAUAAAAGUGAGGCCAAAUCAGGUGACAGAAGGAGAUCACAUGACCAUAACAUGUGACACAGAGCUCAGCCCACACAGAGAGACUACAGAGCUGCAGUUUGCUUUCUACAGAAAUGGGCACAAUGUGCAGGGAUUCAGUUUAUCCAACCAAUAUGAAGUUCCCUCAACUCGGCUGGAGGAUUCUGGGAAUUAUACCUGUGAGGUACAAACUCCAACCAGCAGUGUGAGGAAGAGGAGCAUAGAGGCACAUAUCCACAUACAGGAGCUCUUCUCUUACCCACAAAUACAAGUGAGACCAGAUCAGGUGACAGAAGGAGAUCACAUGACCAUAACAUGUGACACAAAGCUCAGCCCACACAGAGAGACUACAGAGCUGCAGUUUGCUUUCUACAGAAAUGGGCACAAUGCGCAGGGAUUCAGUUUAUCCAACCAAUAUGGAGUCCCCUCAGCUCAGCUGGAGGAUUCUGGGAAUUAUACCUGUGAGUUACAGACUCCAACCGGCAGUGUGAGGAAAAGGAGCAGUGAGACACAUAUCCACAUACAGGUGCUAUUUACCAACCCACAAAUAAAUGUGAGUUCAGAUCAGGUGACAGAAGGAGAUGCCAUGAAUGUAACAUGUGACACAGAGCUCAGCUCCCACAGAGAGACUACAGAGCUGCAGUUUGCUUUCUACAGAAAUGGGCACAAUGUGCAGGGAUUCCGUUUAUCCAACCAAUAUGGAGUCCCCUCAGCUGAGCUGGAGGAUUCUGGGAAUUAUACCUGUGAGGUACAAACUCCAACUGGCAGUGUGAGGAAAAGGAGCAACAUGGCAGAUAUCCACAUACAGGAGCUGUUCAGUGUCCCACAAAUAAAAGUGAGGCCAGAUCAGGUGAUUAGAGGAGAUCACAUGACCAUAACAUGUGACACAGAGCUCAGCCCACACAGAGAGACUACAGAGCUGCAGUUUGCUUUCUACAGAAAUGGGCACAAUGUGCAGGGAUUCAGUUUAUCCAACCAAUAUGGAGUCCCCUCAGCUCAGCUGGAGGAUUCUGGGAAAUAUACCUGUGAGGUACAGACUCCAACCGGCAGUGUGAGGAAGAGGAGCAGAGAGGCGCAUAUCCACAUACAGGAACUCUUAUUUUACUCACGAAUAAAAGUGAGUUCAGAUCAGGUGAGAGAAGGAGAUCACAUGACCAUAACAUGUGACACAGAGCUCCGCCCACACAGAGAGACUACAGAGCUGCAGUUUGCUUUCUACAGAAAUGGGCACAAUGUGCAGGGAUUCAGCUCAUCCAACCAAUAUGGAGUCCCCUCAGCUCAGCUGGAGGAUUCUGGGAAUUAUACCUGUGAGGUACAAACUCCAACCGGCAGUGUGAGGAAGAGGAGCAGAGAGGCACAUAUGCACAUACAGGAGCUGUUUACCAACCCACAAAUAAAAGUGAGCCCAGAUCAGGUGACAGAAGGAGAUAACAUGACCAUAACAUGUGACACAGAGCUCAGCCCACACAGAGAGACUACAGAGCUGCAGUUUGCUUUCUACAGAAAUGGGCACAAUGUGCAGGGAUUCAGUUUAUCCAACCAAUAUGGAGUCCCCUCAGCUCAGCUGGAGGAUUCUGGGAAUUAUACCUGUGAGGUACAAACUCCAACCGGCAGUGUGAGGAAGAGGAGUAACAUGGCACAUAUCCACAUACAGGAGCUGUUCAGUGCCCCACAAAUAAAAGUGAGUUCAGAUCAGAUGACAGAAGGAGAUCACAUGACCAUAACAUGUGACACAGAGCUCCGCCCACACAGAGCGACUACAGAGCUGCAGUUUGCUUUCUACAGAAAUGGGCACAAUGUGCAGGGAUUCAGUUUAUCCAACCAAUAUGGAGUCCCCUCAGCUCAGCUGGAGGAUUCUGGGAUUUAUACCUGUGAGGUACAAACUCCAACCGGCAGUGUGAGGAAGAGGAGUAAUGUGGGACAUAUCCACAUACAGGAGCUCUUCCCUGUCCCACAAAUAAAAGUGAGCCCAGAUCAGGUGAUAGAAGGAGAUCACAUGACCAUAACAUGUGACACAAAGCUCAGCCCACACAGAGAGACUACAGAGCUGCAGUUUGCUUUCUACAGAAAUGGGCACAAUGUGCAGGGAUUCAGUUUAUCCAACCAAUAUGGAGUCCCCUCAGCUCAGCUGGAGGAUUCUGGGAAUUAUACCUGUGAGGUACAGACUCCAACCGGCAGUGUGAGGAAGAGGAGCAGAGAGGCACAGAUCCAUAUUCAGGAGCUCUUCCCUUACCCACAAAUCCAAGUGAGCCCAGAUCAGGUAGGCGAUCACAUGACCAUAACAUGUGACACACAGCUCCGCCCACACAGAGAGACUACAGAGCUGCAGUUUGCUUUCUACAGAAAUGGGCACAAUGUGCAGGGAUUCAGUUUAUCCAACCAAUAUGGAGUCCCCUCAGCUCAGCUGGAGGAUUCUGGGAAUUAUACCUGUGAGGUACAAACUCCAACCGGCAGUGUGAGGAAGGGGAGCAACAUGGCGCAUAUCCACAUACAGGGAGCUGCUGUGAGACCUGUGGUUUCCUUCUCCCCAAACUGGACCCCAAUAUUCCCAGGGGAGUCUGUAACUCUGAGCUGUAAUGUGGCUCCUACUGCCCAAGGGAACCUGGGAUAUUCCUGGUACAGGGAUGGAUACUGGAUACCUGGGAAUCAGCAGGAUCUUGACAUUCAGGCUGCCAGAGAGCUAGACAAUGGGGAUUACCAGUGCCAGGCCGGUGCCAGUGAGAGAAGUGACUCUGUUACACUGGAAAUUACAUACGAUCUGCUCAUCCUGCAGGCGCCCCCUGCUGUUCAUGAAGGGGACUCCCCGUCUCUCAGGUGCCACAGUCGGCCUGGAUAGGGCAAGAACCCAGUAUUUUACAAGGACAAUAAGUUACAGAUAGGGAGAGUGGGUGUUACUGCGUCUGGUACAUACAGGUGUAAAAGAUAUUAUAUAUUAAGGAAUAGAUCUUAUCGCACCAGGGUGGCAAAACAGCACAUUUCAGUCUCAGAGCUCUUCUCUUACCCACAAAUAAAAGUGAGCUUUGAUCCAGUGUCAGGAGAUCACAUGACCAUAACAUGUGACACAAAGCUCAGCCCACACAGAGAGACUACAGAGCUGCAGUUUGCUUUCUACAGAAAUGGGCACAAUGUGCAGGGAUUCAGUUUAUCCAACCAAUAUGGAGUCCCCUCAGCUCAGCUGGAGGAUUCUGGGAAUUAUACCUGUGAGGUACAAACUCCAACCGGCAGUGUGAGGAAGAGGAGCAAUUUGGCGCAUAUCCACAUACAGGAGUUCUUCUACACACAAAUAAAAGUGAGCCCAGAUCAGGUGACAGAAGGAGAUCACAUGACCAUAACAUGUGACACAGAGCUCCGCCCACACAGAGAGACUACAGAGCUGCAGUUUGCUUUCUACAGAAAUGGGCACAAUGUGCAGGGAUUCAGUUUAUCCAACCAAUAUGGAGUCCCCUCAGCUCAGCUGGAGGAUUCUGGGAAUUAUACCUGUGAGGUACAGACUCCAACCGGCAGUGUGAGGAAGAGGAGCAGCAUGGCACAUAUCCACAUACAGGAGCUCUUCUCUUACCCACAAAUAAAAGUGAGGCCAGAUCAGGUGACAGAAGGAGAUCACAUGACCAUAACAUGUGACACAGAGCUCCGCCCACACAGAGAGACUACAGAGCUGCAGUUUGCUUUCUACAGAAAUGGGCACAAUGUGCAGGGAUUCAGUUUAUCCAACCAAUAUGGAGUCCCCUCAGCUCAGCUGGAGGAUUCUGGGAAUUAUACCUGUGAGGUACAAACUCCAACCGGCAGCGUGAGGAAGAGGAGCAACAUGGCACAUAUCCACAUACAGGAGCUCUUCUCUUACCCACAAAUAAAAGUGAGCCCAGAUCAGGUGACAGAAGGAGAUCACAUGACCAUAACAUGUGACACAGAGCUCCGCCCACAUAGAGAGACUACAGAGCUGCAGUUUGCUUUCUACAGAAAUGGGCACAAUGUGCAGGGAUUCAGUUUAUCCAACCAAUAUGGAGUCCCCUCAGCUCAGCUGGAGGAUUCUGGGAAUUAUACCUGUGAGGUACAAACUCCAACCGGCAGUGUGAGGAAGAGGAGCAGCAUGGCACCUAUCCACAUACAGGAGCUCUUCCCUUACCAACAAAUAAAAGUGAGCCCAGAUCAGGUGACAGAAGGAGAUCACAUGACCAUAGCAUGUGACACAGAGCUCCGCCCACACAGAGAGACUACAGAGCUGCAGUUUGCUUUCUACAGAAAUGGGCACAAUGUGCAGGGAUUCAGUUUAUCCAACCAAUAUGGAGUCCCCUCAGCUCAGCUGGAGGAUUCUGGGAAUUAUACCUGUGAGUUACAGACUCCAACCGGCAGUGUGAGGAAGAGGAGCAACAUGGCGCAUAUCCACAUACAGGAACUGUUCACCAUUACAGAAAUAAAAGUGAGCCCAGAUCAGGUGAUAGAAGGAGAUCACAUGACCAUAACAUGUGACACAGAGCUCAGCCCACACAGAGAGACUACAGAGCUGCAGUUUGCUUUCUACAGAAAUGGGCACAAUGUGCAGGGAUUCAGUUUAUCCAACCAAUAUGGAGUCCCCUCAGCUCAGCUGGAGGAUUCUGGGAAUUAUACCUGUGAGGUACAAACUCCAACCGGCAGUGGGAGGAAGAGGAGCAACAUGGCACAUAUCCACAUCCAGGAUGGAAAUCCGGCUUCCCUGGUAGCAGCUCUCACUGGGAUACUAGCAGUGUUGCUUUUUAUUAUCACUGUCAUCGUCACCUUCAAGUUCCGACACAAACUUGCCCCAUUGCUAAUGUGUCCCCUGCAUCACCCCAAAACAGCCAGCUGCGGUUUCCACGUGGAAGAUGAUAUCGUUUAUACCUCCAUUGAUUUCAGCCAUACCAAGAAAAAUACUCCUGUGCACAGCAAUAGAAAUGACAAACUGGCCAACUCUGUUACAUACGCUGUAAUAAAAGGGGGGAACAGCAAAAGAGUCAAACGGAUAUCCAACCACGAGAUCUCCAACGCCUCCUGCAUCUAUGGGAAUAUCAGCUCCGAGUAA